AUGCCAUUUGCGCAUCUCCUCCGUCAUCUCUCUCGCCAGGGGAGGAAGUUUCGGAAUGUCUCUUCACCCAAGGGCAUCUCCCCCGAGAGUCUUAUCGUCGUUCUCCACGAUCAUGGACGCGUCGACGAGACUAUUCGCAGCCAGCUCCAAAACACAAACAGGGAGGAGAUCCUAGCCAUAGAGAAGAGGGUCAAAAGACUACUCGACAUGUGCCUCGUAUUCAUGGCCUGGAUUAUGUUUGCUCUGAAUUCUUUUGACCGAAGCAGUCUUGGGAAUGCUCGAGUCAUGGGCUUGCAGCAGGAUUUGGACAUGAAUUCGAAUCAAUACGGCCUCAGCAUGAUGCUCCUUUUUAUUGCAUAUGUCAUGGCACAGCUUCCCUCGAACUACUACCUGGCAAGGGGACGCCCCUCAAUCUACCUCCCUGGCGUGAUGUUAUAUGCGGUGCGCUUUACUCUAGGUCUCCUGGAGGCACCGUUCUGUGCCGGCUGCCUUUUCCUCAUUUCGUCCUGGUAUACAAGAACUGAGCUUGGACUACGCAGUGCCAUAAUCUUAUCCGCGCCGAUGACAGCGAACGCUUUCUCUGGCCUUGUCGCUUUUGGAAUUUACGACACAAUUGAUGGAGCAAGAGGUCUCGAGGGUUGGCGCUGGCUGUUUAUUGUAGGCGGCGCCAGCACGGUUUUCAUUGCUGGGGUUGCUUUCUACGUCCUGCCUGAUUUCCCGUUCAAUACUCGCUACCUCUCCGAGAAAGAGCGGGCAGUUGCGCAGCUGCGAUUGAUCGCCGACGGUGUGCAGGUUGAUGAAAGGGACAACAGCCGCUGGCAAGGCCUCGUCAUGGCUGUGAGAAGCUGGCUGGUGUGGAUUUUCGCAGGGAUGUUCUUGCUCUUGUCGAUCGGUGCAUCAGUACACAACUUCUUCCCCUCGGUCGUGAACACGCUUGGAUUCUCCAGAAAUACGACCUUGUGGAUGACAGCACCGCCGUACCUCAUUGCAGUUGUCGUCACCAUCGCCAACAGCCUAUUCGCCGACCGACAUCGCAACGCUUCCUUCCACGUUAUUGGGCCAGCAGCACUGGCAACCCUCGGCUUUUUGCUAUUCCUGCUCGAUCAAACGUCCACACGACGCGGCGUGUGGAUUCGCUACACCGCAGCAUUGCUCAUGAUCGUUGGAGCACAUUCUGGCUAUCCCGUGGUUCUCUCUUGGGCACAGAAGACAAUCCGCCGGCCUAAAGAGAUGCGAGCAUGCGCUAUCGCCAUUAUCAGUGCGUCUGGAAGCAUAUCACAGAUCAUCACUUCCGAACUGUAUCCGAACCGCUGGGCACCGAAGUACGAACAGUCGAUGAGUUUGAAUACCUCAUGCGCACUAGGAGCCAUAAUACUCGCAACUUUCAUGCGUAUAAUGCUGCGACGUCGAAAUAAGAGACUUGACCAAGAGGCGGCUAUUAACACUGCCUUCCAAGACAUACCGGGUUCGGAUACAGCACGACAGACGAUGGAGCUUUCGUCGUGGAGAUACAUCACUUGA